AUGGCAACCACGGCAAUGAAUGUUAAUGUUCCUCCACCAGAUGAAGAAGAACAACUACUAGCCAAGUUUGUAUUCGGUGAUACAACAGAUCUACAAGAAAACCUCGCUAAAUUCAAUGCUGAUUUCAUUUUCAAUGAACAAGAAAUGGACAUUGAAGAUCAAGAAGAUGACGGUGCUGAUUUUGAAGGUAGUGAGGAUGAUGAAGCACAGAAUAGUAACUUAGACCAUGUUAACAACGACCAGUUAUUUUUUGUGGAUGAUGGUAACAGCGAAGAUACUCAGAAUAAGAAUGAGGAUGCAAUGGAUGUGGACGAGGAAGAUAACUCUUCAAGUGAUGAUUAUUCUGAUGAUGAUGAAGCUGCUUGGGUAGAUUCGGAUGAUGAAAGAAUAAAAGUGCCUAUCCUCACAACGAACAAAACCAAGAAAUUAAGAAGCUCCUAUAACGAAUCUAUAAUUAAUGGUGUUCAUUAUAUCAAUAGGUUGAGGUCUCAGUUCGAAAAAAUAUAUCCAAGACCAAAAUGGGUGGAUGAUGAAUCCGAUUCUGGAACAGAUGAAGAAGAGGACGAUGAAGAAGAAAGCUCUAAUAAUGUUAUCAAUGGUGAUAUCAAUGCACUAACAAAGAUCUUAUCAACCACUUACAAUUAUAAAGACACACUAUCGAACUCUAAACUGUUGCCACCCAAGAGACUUGACAUUUUGCGCCUUGGAGAUGCAAAUGCAUCACACCCGUCUCAUUCGGCUAUACAGUCUCUUUCAUUCCAUCCUUCGAAGCCUUUGUUGCUAACAGGUGGGUACGAUAAGACGCUAAGAAUUUAUCAUAUUGACGGGAAAACAAAUCAUCUAGUGACAAGUUUACAUCUAGUCGGAUCUCCAAUUCAAACAUGUACUUUCUAUGCCGCUCUAUCAAACCAAAAUCAACAGAAUAUAUUCACUGCUGGUAGAAGAAGGUAUAUGCACUCCUGGGACUUAUCUCUAGAAAACUUAACACAAUCACAGACUGCUAAAAUUGAAAAAUUUUCUAGAUUGUAUGGACAUGAAUCCACUCAAAGAUCUUUUGAAAAUUUCAAAAUGGCACACUUUCAGAACGUACAAACCAAUUCCGUUCAUGGAAUUAUUCUUUUACAAGGUAAUAAUGGUUGGGUUAACAUCUUACAUGCCACUUCGGGACUGUGGUUAAUGGGCUGCAAGAUAGAAGGUGUGAUAACUGAUUUCUGUGUUGAUUAUCAACCUCUUUCACACAAUAAGUUCAGAACUAUUUUGGUCGCAGUAAAUACCUACGGUGAAGUGUGGGAAUUUGAUCUGAACAAUAACGGUAAUGUCAUAAGAAGAUGGAAGGACCAAGGCGGUGUGGGAAUAACGAAGAUUCAACUCGGUGGUGGCACAACAGCUAUUUCUCCAGCUCGUCAAAUAAACAAAAUAAAGCAAAAUAGAUGGCUUGCAGUGGGUAGUGAGAGUGGGUUUGUUAAUCUUUACGACAGAAACAGUACCACAACCUCGUCUGUUCCUGCACCUGUCGCCUCCUUGGACCAGCUAACGACUACCAUUUCGAAUCUACAAUUUUCUCCUGAUGGUCAAAUACUGUGCAUAGCAUCUCGCGCAAUCAAGGAUGCAUUGAGGCUAGUCCAUUUACCCACUUGUAGCGUAUUCAGUAACUGGCCCACCAGCGGUACACCCUUAGGUAAAGUUACCAGUGUCACAUUUUCACCAUCUGGUGAGUUACUGGCCGUAGGCAAUGAACAAGGCAAAGUUAGACUCUGGAAAUUAAACCACUACUGA